AAUUUAUUAGUGCUCUCCAACCAGACAGAGAGAACUCCAUCAAACUCCACAAACUUCCUCACAUUACAUCACCUCCCAAUCUCUCUCUCUCCCUCUCUCCAAAAAUGCUCCUUCUCUUUCUCCUCCACCUCGCUUUCUUCUACACCAACACCGUUCCAGUCCAAGCCCUCACUUCACCGACAGACAUCUCAGCCCUCAAGGCCUUCAAAGCUUCAAUCAAACCUUCCUCUAUACUUCCCUGGACCUGCUUAGCCUCCUGGAACUUCAACACCGACCCAUGCGCCUUCCCUCGCCGCACCCACUUCACCUGCGGCCUCACCUGCUCCGCCGACUCCACCCGAAUCACCCAACUGGUUCUUGACCCGGCUGGCUACUCCGGUACGCUCACGCCGCUCAUAUCCCGACUCUCCCAGCUCACCACCCUCGACCUCUCCGACAACUCCUUCUAUGGCGCUAUCCCUCCUUCCAUUUCCUCUCUCUCCAACCUCCAGACCCUGACUCUUCGAUCCAACUCGUUCUCUGGCUCAGUUCCUUCUUCCAUUACUACCCUCAAAUCCCUCGAAUCUCUUGACCUUUCUCACAAUUCUUUAACUGGGUUGCUUCCGAACUCAAUCAACUCGCUUUCCAAUUUGAGACGACUCGAUCUGAGUUACAACAAACUCACUGGAUCACUCUCCAAACUCCCACCAAACUUGCUUGAACUCGCUCUAAAGCACAAUUCUUUAUCUGGGUCACUCUCAAAAUCGUCAUUCGAUGGGUUGACUCAGCUGGAAGUGGUGGAACUCAGUGAAAACGCCUUCACGGGGACGCUUCAAGGAUGGUUCUUUCUCUUGCCGUCACUUCAGCAGGUUGACCUGGCCAAUAACAGCUUGACGCGUGUCGACGUGUGGAAGCCCGCCGACGAUGGCAGCGACCUGGUGGCCGUUGAUUUGGGAUUCAACAAAAUCGAAGGUUCCUUGCCCGUCAAUUUCGCCUAUCAUCCUCGGUUAUCGUCUCUAUCAGUUCGUUACAACCGGGUACGCGGCACGAUUCCAACGGAAUACAGCAAGACUAAGUUUCUAAGGAGGUUGUUUUUGGACGGUAAUUUCUUGAUCGGGAAGCCGCCGGCGGGGCUAUUCACCGGCGGCACGUCAGUUUCCGGUAGCUUGGGUUACAAUUGCCUAAAGGGGUGUCCAGCAUCCUCACAGCUGUGCGCGCCUUCGCAGAAACCCAAUGCGAUUUGCAAGCAAGCCUAUGGUGGAAAACCAAGGUCAUGAGUGUCAGAUUGUUAGUCAGAUAUUUCUAUUUUUUACGCCCUGGAAUGAAUAAGAAAAUGUAUAAUGCUUCACAUCCAAGCAAUUUGAAAUGCUUAACAUUGAAGCAAGUUGUAGUAUAUAUAAAUUUGUAUAAAAAGAGAGUAAGAUUAAACCCAAAUAUCUUAUUAAUGUCAAAUGGGUACUUUCUUGUGUAUAGUUUUUAUUUUCUAUAUUAA